AUGGGAGAGAUAAGUAAGGAUGAUGUUGAGAAAUACUUAGAGAACAACCCCCAGUUUGCCAAGGAAUACUUCGACCGAAAGAUAAGGGCAGAAGUGCUGGGAAGCAUCUUUAAAGUCAGCCCUGGGAAACUGAAAGCUGGAGUUUCUUUCAAAGAGAUGUCUCAACUGGAGGAGUCUCAAUUGCUCUUUGAGCUGCUAACUGAAAUCCAGGAUGACACAAACAGCAUGGAGAAAAUUGUGCACAAAGCCCUGCAGAGGCUGGCACAGCUGCUGGCAGCUGAUCGGUGUAGCAUGUUUAUCUGCCGCGCCCGCAAUGGCAUCCCUGAACUGUCUACAAGGCUUUUCAAUGUUACCCCUACCUCUAAGUUUGAGGAGAACCUAGUGGUCCCAGACAGAGAGAUUGUUUUUCCUCUGGACAUUGGGAUAGUGGGAUGGGUUGCUCAUACCAAGAAGUUUUUCAAUGUACCUGAUGUGCAAAAGAAUAACCAUUUUUCUGACUUUGUGGACAAACAAACUGGCUACACAACUAUCAACAUGCUGGCAAUGCCUGUCGUGCAGGGUAAAGAGGUUCUUGCUGUUGUGAUGGCAAUUAACAAAUUAAAUGCCCCUGAAUUCUCUAAGGAGGAUGAAGAGGUCUUUAAAAAAUACCUCAAUUUUGUUUCUCUUGCCAUAAAACAAAAUCAUAUCACAUAUCUUCACAGUUUUGAAUCCCGAAGAAGUCAGAUGCUUUUGUGGUCUGCCAACAAAGUAUUUGAAGAACUUACAGAUAUUGAGCGACAGUUUCACAAAGCUCUAUACACUAUCCGAAUGUAUUUGAAUUGUGAAAGGUAUUCUGUUGGUCUGCUGGACAUGACCAAAGAGAAGGAAUUCUAUGAUGAAUGGCCAAUCAAGCUGGGAGAAUUAGAGCCGUAUAAAGGCCCAAAGACACCAGAUGGCAGAGAAAUUCACUUUUAUAAGAUUAUUGACUAUAUUUUACAUGGAAAAGAAGAAAUCAAAGUCAUUCCGACACCUCCUGCAGACCACUGGUGUCUAGUCAGUGGGUUGCCGACAUAUGUUGCUGAAAAUGGAUUUAUUUGUAAUAUGAUGAAUGCAGCAGCAGAUGAAUAUUUUCAAUUUCAGAAAGAACCUGUGGAUGAAACAGGCUGGCUUAUCAAAAAUGUCCUUUGUUUGCCCAUUGUCAACAAAAAGGAAGAAAUUGUGGGAGUAGCUACAUUUUACAAUAGGAAAGAUGGGAAACCAUUUGAUGAAUUUGAUGAACAGAUCACCGAAACUCUUACACAGUUCCUGGGGUGGUCUGUUUUAAAUCCUGACACAUAUGACAAAAUGAAUAAGCUUGAGAACAGAAAAGACAUCGCUCAGGAAAUGCUCAUGUACCAGACAAAAGCCACACCGAAUGAAGUUGAAUCCAUACUAAACUACAAAAAUAAAUUAAAUGAGGAUUACAUUGAAAACUGCGAUGAGAAAGAUCUCGUCAGAAUUUUGAAAGAAGAAUUACCUGAUCCAAAGGAAUUAGAACUUUAUGAAUUUCACUUCAGUGACUUCCCUGUUACAGAAAAUAACUUGAUAAAGUGCGGCAUACGAUUAUUCUUUGAGAUAGACGUGGUUGAAAAGUUCAAAGUCCCAGCAGAGGUACUUACAAAAUGGAUGUACACAGUCAGAAAGGGGUAUCGGGAUAUAACUUACCAUAACUGGAGACAUGGAUUCAAUGUGGGACAGACAAUGUUCACGUUAUUAAUGACAGGUAGACUAAAGAAAUACUAUACUGAUCUGGAAGCCUUUGCCAUGGUUGCUGCUGCUUUCUGCCAUGAUAUUGAUCACAGAGGAACAAAUAAUUUGUAUCAGAUGAAGUCAGGUUCUCCACUGGCAAGACUUCAUGGAUCUUCCAUUUUAGAAAGACAUCAUCUAGAGUAUAGUAAAACUCUGCUACAAGAUGAGAGUUUGAACAUCUUCCAGAACCUGAAUCGACGCCAGUUUGACAAUGUAAUACAUUUAUUUGAGGUUGCAAUAAUAGCAACUGACUUGGCUUUGUAUUUCAAGAAAAGGACUAUAUUUCAGAAGAUUGUGGAUGCAGUUGAAAAAAUGGAAACAGAGGAGGAGGCAAUAAAAUACAUAUCUAUUGACCCAACCAAAAAAGAAGUUAUUAUGGCCAUGAUGAUGACUGGAUGUGACUUGUCUGCUAUAACCAAGCCUUGGGAGGUGCAAAGUGAGGUUGCCCUCAUGGUUGCAAAUGAAUUCUGGGAGCAAGGUGAUCUAGAGCGAAAUGUGCUGCAGCAACAGCCAAUUCCUAUGAUGGACAGAAACAAAGCAGAUGAACUACCCAAGCUUCAAGUUGGUUUCAUUGAUUUUGUAUGUACAUUUGUAUACAAGGAAUUUUCAAGGUUUCACAAGGAAAUUACACCUAUGCUUGCCGGUCUUCAAAACAAUAGGGUACAAUGGAAAACACGUGCGGAUGUGUACGAUGAAAGGAUGAAACUUAUUGAAGAAGAAAAGAAAAAACAGGAAGAAACAGCACCCAAAGGUUAG